AUGGGUGAUACCUACCAUGCUUCAGGAGAAUAUCAUAAGGCCAUUGACUAUCACAAAAAAGAUCUAGAAAUAAGCACUGGUAUUGGGGAUCGAUCAGGAAUAGCAAGAAGCAAUCGCAAUUUGGGGAAUGCCUAUGCUAGUUUAGGAGAAUAUCAGAAGGCCAUUGACUAUCACAAAAAAGAUCUGGAAGUAAGCACUGCUAUUGGCGAUCAGUCAGGAAUAGCAAGAAGCAAUGGCAAUUUAGGCAAUGCCUAUGAUAGUUUAGGAGAAUAUCAGAAGGCUAUUGACUAUCACGAAAAAGAUCUAGAAAUAAGCACUGCUAUUGGCGAUCGAUCAGGAAAAGCAGGCAGCAAUGCCAAUUUGGGCAAUGUUUAUCAUAUUUUAGGAGAAUAUCAGAAGGCCAUUGACUAUCACAAAAAAGAUCUAGAAAUAAGCACUGCUAUUGGCGAUCGAUCAGGAAUAGCAAGAAGCAAUGCCAAUUUGGGAAGUGCCUAUCAUAGAUUAGGAGAAUAUCAGAAGGCCAUUGACUAUCACAAAAAAGAUCUAGAAAUAAGCACUGCUAUUGGCGAUCGAUCAGGAAUAGCAAAAACCAAUGGCAAUUUGGGCAAAGUCUAUGAUAGUUUAGGAGAAUAUCAGAAUGCCGUUGAAUAUCACAAAAAAGAUCUAGAAAUAAGCACUGCUAUUGGCGAUCGACCAGGAAUAGCAAGAAGCAAUGGCAAUUUGGGCAAUGCCUAUGAUAGUUUAGGAGAAUAUCAGAAGGCCAUUGAGCAUCACAAAAAAGAUCUAGAAAUAAGCAACGCUAUUGGCGAUCCAUCAGAAAUAGCAAAAACCAAUGGAAAUUUGGGCAAUGUCUAUGAUAGUUUAGGAGAAUAUCAGAAGGCCAUUGACUAUCACAAAAAAGAUCUAGAAAUAAGUACUGCUAUUGGCGAUCGAUCAGGGAUAGCACGAAGCAAUUGCAAUUUGGGCAAUGCCUAUGAAAGUUUAGGAGAAUAUCAGAAGGCCAUUGACUAUUACAAAAAAGAUCUAGAAUUAAGCACUGCUAUUGGCGAUCGGUCAGGAAUAGCAAGAAGCAAUGGCAAUUUGGGAAAUGCCUAUCAUAGUUUAGGAGAAUAUCAGAUGGCCACUGACUACAACAAAAAAAGUCUAAAAAUAAGCACUGCUAUUGGUGAUGGGUCUGGAAUAGCAAGAAGCAAUGCCAAUCUCGGCAAUGCCUAUGAUAGUGUAGGAGAAUAUCAGAAAGCCAUUGACUAUCACAAAAAAGAUCUUGAAAUAAGCACUGCUAUUGGCGAUCGAUCAGGAAUAGCAAGAAGCAAUGGCAAUUUGGGCAAUGCCUAUCAUAGUUUAGGAGAAUAUCAGAAGGCCAUUGACUAUCACAAGAAAAAUCUGGAAAUAAGCACUGCUAUUGGCGAUCUAUCAGGAAUAGCAAGAAGCAAUGGAAAUUUGGCCAAUGCCUAUGAUAGUUUAGGAGAAUAUCAGAAGGCCAUUGACUAUUACGAAAAAGAUCUAGAAAUAAGCACUGCUAUUGGCGAUCGAUCAGGAAUAGCAAUUUGCCGCGGCAAUUUAGGAAUUUCCCAUCGAUGUUUAGGAGAGUAUGAAGUUGCAACAUUUCACUUAAUAGAAUCAAUUAGUUUUUUUGAUGAAAUGUUUUUAGAGUCUGUUCCAGAACAAAAUCAACUGACAUUCGUGAAGCAAUAUUUCAUAAGUCAUACAAUUUUAAUGAGUUGUUUUCUUUUGUUGGAGCGUGCGGAGUCCGCAUUAUUAGUCAUUGACCUUGGUAGGUCUAAAGAGCUCCAUUGCUGUAUUGAGAAACGUAGGAAUUCUGUUGAUAAGGACUUGUUCGAUUAUGCCCGUGCGAUAUGGAAUAGAAUUGAAGCCAGAGAAGAACAAAUAGAAAUAGAAGGAUUGCAAACUCUUCUCCACCUAGGAAAAAAUGAUACAUCAAUUUUAGUAUUCGCUUUUGAUUGGGAAGGUUUUCUUAAUACUUGGGUUUUAGCUGAGAAAGUUAUCUUCAGAAAAGUAUUAGACUCUCGUCGGGAAACAUUUUAUCUGCUUAUUAUGGAACUUCUUGGAAGGGUAAAUGUUAAGGUUGAUCGAAAUUCUUCGUUUUACAUACUCGAUUCAGUUGCUAACACUAAUAAUCAAGUGAUGUCUCUAUUUGAGUUCCCAAGCGCAAUGCCUGCCUCUAAAAAUGCGGUUGUGAAUCCUGCUAGUUAUAAUGAUUUCUCUGAUCAAAACAUUUUGGAAAUGUUGUUUAAACUUUUAGUUGAUCCUGUAAUAGAUAUUGUUAAAGGUAAUAAGCUAAUUAUUAUCCCUGACCCGCUGUUGUUUUUUGCACCAUUUUCAGCACUGAUUGAUGAAAAUGGCUCAUAUUUAUCGAACGGUUACAGUGUUCAAAUUUCGCCUUCAUUGCAUACUCUUAAGUGUACGAUGGAACAAUCCUUUGACUCAAACUUUGGAUUUGCAUUGUUUGUGGGUAAUCCAACUGUGGGCAAAGUUAGUUUAAACGGAAAAGAUGUUACACCGGCUGACCUGCCUAAUGCCGCUGAAGAAGUAAAAUGUCUCUCAAAGUUUUUCAAAGCAAGGCCUUUAUUAGGACGCGAGGCAACAAAACAGGUAGUAUUGCAGCUUUUAACUGGUGCUAGUAUAAUCCAUAUAGCUGCCCAUGGAGAACCCACUCGAGGUGAAAUAAUGCUUGCUUCAAAUUCUUCUCUUACUGGACAGUGCUCGUCUGUUGGUAAACCAGAAUCAUACCUUCUCACGCAGGGAGAUAUUCUAAAUAUUUCUGUACAAGCCCGUUUGGUAGUUUUAUGUUGUUGCCACAGUGGGCAAGGUGAAAUUACUUCAGAAGGUGUCGUAGGUAUAACUCGAGCGUUUCUUGCAGCUGGGGCACGCUGUGUUCUUGCCACACUGUGGCCUAUUAGCGAUUAUGCCACAAAGGAAUUCAUGGAGAAACUUUAUGGUGAACUUUGCCAAGAAACACCAGUUUGUGAAGCUUUACGAAGAACAAUGAACUUCUUUCAGACACAUGGAAAAGAGGAAUACCGAUCCAGUUGGAUCUGGGCUCCUUUUACCAUCUAUGGGGAGGAUGUGAAGUUUGGAAAAGAUGAGAUUGAAAAAAUUAGGGAAAAAUCGCAUGGGUUUUUUUCCGGUUUCGUCGUGGUAUGA